AUGGCCGCUCCGUCCAAGCAUCCCGACUACCAGCCUGUCCACCAAGAUGAGGAGCAAGACCGACUGAAUGGAAGCUUGACGGCACCCCAGUCUCGGUCCGAACGACGCUUCAGGGCAGCCGCCUAUUCUCUAGCCGUGCUCCUGGUGGCCUCAGUCGCGGCCAACCUCUAUCUAUCCCUUCCCUUCUCCUUCUCCGAUCCCGGCUCCUGUCCGUGCGCCCCGUCCAAGGUGCCGCAGUAUUUCCAAACCUCUCCAGAGCUCUGGCCCGGUCCCACGGCCACGGGGCGGGCGCCCUUCAUGGCCCAGUCAAGGACGUUUGAUCCCACGGUCACUUACGUUCCCAACGAGCCGCUGCAGACGUCGGUUCCUAUCCAGGGUAUGGAUCCGCAGAACCGGAGCAUCUUCCACAUGAUGGGCUACUUGUCUCCAUACUCUCCCUCCCCUGGUUUCGGCGUCGACGAGUUUCCCCUUCCCGCCGGCGCGGAGAUCAUCCAAGUUCAGAUGCUUUCACGGCAUGGGUCCCGCUAUCCAACCACGGGAUCCGAUGUUGCCCGACUCGGUGAGCGGAUCGCCAACGCUUCGACCCGCAUCAAAGCCGAAGGACCGCUCGCUUUCCUCCACAACUGGACGUACCAGCUGGGUGCCGAGAUACUGGUUCCCAAGGGGCGCCAGGAACUGUUUGACUCUGGCGUCCUGCACAACUACAUGUACGGGAGCCUGUACAACCCGAAGAGCAAGAUUAUUGUUCGGACAACUACCCAAGAUCGAAUGCUCAAGUCGGCAGAAAACUGGAUGGCAGGCUUCUUUGGUCUUGAAUGGAGAAAAAAUGCCACCAUUGAAGUCAUUAUAGAAGCGGGCGGAUUCAACAAUUCACUUGCGGGAUCACUCAACUGCCCCAACUCUUUCGCCAAGGGACCAGGCAACGAGGCCCGCGACAUCUGGAUUCGGACCUACCUAAAAGAUGCCACUUCUCGCUUCCAGGCCUUGACCAAGGGCUUCGAAUGGACAGUGGAAGACGUCUACGCCGCGCAGAACAUGUGUCCCUAUGAGACGGUGGCGUACGGAUAUUCUAGAUUUUGCGAGCUCUUUACCUACGAAGAAUGGCAAGGGUUCGGCUACUCGAUCGACCUCGGAUUCUCAGCGUACAGCGCUUUUCACAGUCCUACAGGGCGAGCCGUUGGCCUCGGCUAUCAGCAAGAAGUCAUUGCGCGACUCAAAAAUCACACACUUGGCUACUCAGGCUCCCAGAUCAACACCACCCUGGACAGCAAGACGGAAACAUUUCCGUUGAACCAGAGCCUGUACUUCGAUUUCUCUCACGAUACGAACAUCGUGUCGGUACUCACAGCCUUUGGACUGCGGCAGUUUGCCGAAGAACUCCCGGCCGCCAGACAUCCUGGAGACCAUAACUUCACAGUCGCACAUGUGACGCCGUUCGGUGGCCGUCUCGACAUUGAGGUCAUCAAGACGCAGAAACCACUCUCGCCAAACCGGGAUGGCUAUCUGCAUGGCGAAGAGACCAAGUACAUUCACUUCGUCCUGAACCAACGCACACUGCCUUUGGGCAAGAGCUUCCCGGAGUGUGACGACAGCCGCAAGGACGGAUGGUGUGAAUUCGAUGCGUUCUUGAAAGUACAAGAGGCCAUGGUCGCCAAGGCCGACUUUGACCACGCCUGUUUUGGAGACUAUCCAUCCGUGUCCUACGGCGAUGUGACGGACGGUGCUCCUCCGAAACGGUGA